UCGUUACAGGCGCAAUGCGGGCAUCUGGAUGUAAGGAGGAAUGGCGACGGUCGAGACGGAUUAGAGGCCAGAGUGAAGCCGAGUUGAACCAAACAGAAGCGGAUUAUUGGCUUGAAUCUCUUCAUAACAGUCUUUAUUACUGAGCCCCAAAAUGGAGAGUGAAGUAACCCCACCUGGAAUCAUGUUAUCUCCCUCUUCUCAAAUUUCAACCAGUCAGUCCAGUGAGUCUGUGAAACCAAGACAAAACAAAAAGUCCACCUCCACUACUCCUGCUUUUCUCUCCAACCUGGGGAGGGCCACGCUUAGGGGCAUCCGGAGGUGUCCUCAGUGUGGCGUCUACAACGGCACCCGAGGGCUCAGCUGUAAGAACAGGGCCUGUGGCGUGUCCCUCAGAAACCCCUCGUCGACAGGUAGAAGCAGUAAGAAAUGUGCGGUGGAGGUGGUGAAGCUGAUAACAGACAGCGAGGGUGUGUGUGAGAAGGAGCAGGAGGGAAGGGAGGUCCUGGAUGGUGGCUCGGGCGGAGGAGCUCAGGUGUUUUCUGUGUGUCACAGAGGAAGACCGGUCACAGCUACACAGUGGGGCUUCGUUGAGCUGGUUCCCACAGACACUGCCAUAGCGACUGGGGAUGGGGCCACCCUGCUCACUCGGAUCAACCUCGGGCGCUGCUUUUUACCCGCUUGCAGGCAGGGUCAGAGGUCAACUCAGUCGGACUCAGCCACGGCCAAGCCAUCGUCUGACAGCCUCUGCAUCCACAUCAAACAAGCUAUAGAGUGUCGGAGCUGUGCAACGCCUCUGACCUUUAAAAGCUCCGUGUUGGAGGGUUUAAAGGUUUCCCUUCAAGCCAGAGAGGAGCUGUGGAAGCUGGCCACCCAGUCCCCCGGGCCCCUCGUGCAGCGUGUUUCCAAUGACACCCUGGUGGUGAAGUGCCACACAGACUCCCAUCAUCCUCUGGGCCUGCUGCAUCUUACUGUCGGUGCAGCUGGACUGUCGGAGACUCAGAAGAGUGAGCCGAGUGCGUUCCACUGUUCCUGCCAGAUUAACGCAAAAAGAAACAAACCUGGUGGGGAUGGUGCAGGUGGACCCGUCGGUUCUAUUUCUCCAAGUUCUGGCUCGUCCCAGCCUUGCCUUCACUUCUACGCCUGUGUGUGCGCCUUCACAAGCAACGAGAAGCUGGCUUCAGAGUUCGCAGCUUUCAUUAACUACACUUCCAGCGGUGUGCACCAGAAUGCUUUUGGUGGAAUGUGUGUGGAUGAGAAACCUCUACAGCAGGCAGAACUCGUUAAUUCUCACCAUAAAUCCAAGAAGCACCGCUUGGAUGACUCUGCACCUGUGGCCUCUCCCCCUGCAGUGGGGAAGGAAGGAGCGCCGGCCUCCUGCUCCAGGAAAGCCGGUCAGAGGAAAACUGUUGGUGGGCUGAAGGCUGCAGGGAGUGCUCAGGCUGUGGAUGAGCGUGUCGUGAUGAUGGGCUUCCAUCAGUGGUUGGCCGGUGUGACAGAGAGGAUCCAUCAGACGAUGCACUACCAGUUUGAUGGAAAACAAGAGCCUUUAGUUUAUCACAUCCCUCAGGAGUUCUUCAACGCUCUGCAGCAGCGUCUGUCCAUGGGUUCGAAAAAGAGAAGACUGCCCAACUUCACGACAGCAUUUGUAAGGAAUGAUGGUCUUCCUCUGGGGUCUUUCUCCAAAUACACCUGGCACAUCACCAAUCUGCUGCAUGUCAAACGGAUUUUUGACACUCCGGAGCUGCCUUUGGAGGUCACACAGAGUUUUGUAAAGAAUGUGGACGGUUCAUACUCACGUUUUUAUUGUCCUGAGCCGCCACCUGAGACAGGAUUACAGGACGGCUUCAGAAUGGAUCGACCACAGGCGAUACGACCACUGGAGCUCCGCACCUUCCUCAAAGUCGGACCGAGCACAGCAGACCAGAAGGAGGCCAGUCCGUUUGUGAUCGAGUGGAUCCCUGACGUUUUGCCCCACUGUCAGAUGGGAGAACUUCGGAUCAGCUUUGAGUUUGGCCACCAGCAGAGCGGCCAGCUCGAGAGCGCUGAGAAAACGAGUGCGAGCGAGAAAAAAGGAUUCAACAAGUCAGACUGUUCCCAAACCAAAAACCACAGUGAAAUCCUUCAGGUAGUUGUUUAACAGCCAUGCAGUAUCUUCCUCAUUAAACAGUGUUUACAUAAUCAACAGCCACCUUACUGACAAAUACAAUAUGUCACCGAGAAAUCCAUGCAUUAUUCUUUCUUCUUUUAUAAGGUGCAGAUAAACAUUUUCUAGAGCUUUAAUGUUAAUCAGUACCAUGUUUGACUGAGGUGUUUACACAUUGCACAAAACAUUUGAAGGGUUUGAAAUAGAAAGACUGUAAAUACAGGUAUACCUCAGACUGGAACCCAGAAACGGAACUGGGAACAAGAUUUUCUCUGUUGGCUGGUUCCAAAACAAGUUUUAGGCCCCACCCCCUCCGUUGUAAACAAAUGGGACACUGGGACAAAUACAGACGAUGGUGGUCUUUUGCUGUGCUUUUAUAUAAAAAAAUAAAUAAAAUAAAAUCAGCUUGUUUUCCUGAUGAGAAAAUAAGGAUUUGAAUCGUC